CUGAACGUGAAAGCCAGUGUUCAUAAACAGCAUUUAGAUGGUUUUCUGUAUUAAAGUUUAUGCCACAAUGGUUAUCAAGAUGCAGUCCUAAUCACUGCACUGGUUAGCCUAUCUCAGGGUUUUUUAUCUUAAGCAGCUUCAUAGCCCAUGGAAUUUGUUUUGACAACAAAUAAAAAAAACAGUUGAAUGCAGGAAAUCAUCAGCGCAAACCUGACACAACUUUCAGUCCUCAGUCUCUGGACUACAAAGAUUUAAGGACUUCAUUCCACUUAUUUGAAAUGUAAAUGAAAGUAGUUGAAUCAUUUAAUUCCAAACCGCCAAAUUCAGUAGUUUCCUCUAUAUCACCUGAUCCGAUGGAUAUGUUCAAGGGAUACCUUAAAAGUGUUACAAGCUUAGUUAACAACCUAGCUGAGAUACCCUGUAGUGACACUACUGAGGUUUCUUUUAAAAAUAUUGAAAAUCAAAAUGUACCAAAUGAGGACUCUGAUGGCAUCAACUCGUCCAAAAGUAUGUGUGAAACCCAGAAUAGUGAACAUUCCCCGUCAAGUGAAAACUUUGGUGGAUAUUUUAAUUGGAUUCCAAAUCUUCUCACAUCCAGUAGUGAAAGUUCAGUGUUAUACUAUAUGAAUUCACUUGCGUCACUGGGAGUAAAUUCAACUGACGAAAAGCAGAAACAGAUUCCUCAAAAACCUGAAGAGAAAUCGUCAUCAGUAGUUAUAACCGAAGAUAUUUCAGAAAUUGAGGUGUCUAAAACUGAUGGUGAUAAUGCUGAUGAUGAUCCUUCUAGACUGGAAGAAUUUGAAGAAGAAGACAAGUUGUCUGCUUCAAAAAACGAUCUUAACACAGAUUGGAUGGGUGGUAUUUCGGCUAAGACUACUCGUGUGUGGGAGCAAAUAAAACAAGAUUUCAGUGAAGUUGUUCAUUCUGUAUCAGAACCGAAAGACGUUGUGUACCGUACUGCUUCAUCAUUCCGUGAUCAUAUUACAGCGGCUGCAAAUACAGUGAAAAAUAUCGAUCCUAAUGAAUUUCUGCUACCGGAUAUCGAAGAGAAAACAGUCAAGCAACAACAGCCAACUGGGAAUGAAACUGAUGAGUCGGAUCUGACAGCUUUACCGCCAGAAUUGCCAAGUCUUCCAAAGAUUAAGCAAGAUAUGUCACAGCUGAUUGAUUCAUUUUGCAAUGGUUUAAUGUCAACAGGUACUUUCUUGGGUCUAAUUGGUACAGAAGAGAAUCAAUCCAAGGAGAAGUGUAAACAUAAAGCUCGUCUUGACGUAUUACGUGCAGAUCCUGCCACCUAUGAAGUAGAACCACCAUUGCCACCUGCCUCUUCAAACAUACACUCCUAUGCAGAUUGGAGGACAGCAUAUUUUGAUGAAGACAAUUGUCAACCAAUGCAAGGUAUACCUUUAGCUGAUGCCAGAAAUCCUGAAUACAGUCAUCUGCCAGUUGAAGAGCUUACUCAACCACCACAUCCUAGUCCAUCAGAAUUGUUAGACACUUAUCCAUUUAUGCGUACAUAUUUAACGCAACUUGUUCAUCCAGAUGGUAAAAUUACUGAUGAUAAGUCGAUUAGUGAUGCUGAUUUCUGGUCACGAUAUUAUUAUCGUGUUUGGUUGUUAGACUCGACUGAAUUUCGUAGACGAAGACUCAAUGAAAGAGUUGAAUCAGUGUCAACUAUGAAACAGCCAGUGGGAAUUGAUGCUGAUGAGGCCAACUGGUCUAUGCACACUGAUGAAGCUUUAAAGAAUGCAGAUGUUACUGAAGGAGAUGAAUGGCCAGAUACCUUGGAUAGUGAUGAGCAUACGGCAGUGGAAAAUGAUGAAUCAGUCAUUAAAACAAAUGAUGAAAAACUAAUUACUGAAAUCAGUGGUGGUGGUGGUGAGGGUGAUGAUGAUACCGCAGCAACUGCAAGCGCCGCUACUACUCUCAUCAGUACUAAGCAUCCUUCUGUGUCUAGCGGCGGUGGUGAUGCUGAUGGUUUUGGUGGUGGAGGUAAUACUUCAGACGAGGAUAAUAAUUCUAAAGCUCGCAUAUCCAUUGGUGGUGGUGGUGGUGUCAGUGAGAAAAAACGCAGGAAAAAGCGAAGCUGCAAAAAGUCAACGAAUGAGCCUACUACUACUACUACUACUACUGAUAUGCCUCUGUUGAUGACUGACACUCACAACACUGAGAGAAGGCUGUCAACUGGUAAAAUUGAGACGAAAGAGGCUAGACUAGACACCUUGACGACAUCAUCGACAGAAAAUCAGAAUUCCACGAAUGUGUUGUCUGAUUUUGAAGAAAUGACUUCUGGUUCUUCAUCGGUGGUAAUUCUUACAGAUGAAGUUGAUCAAGAGGAAGUAGACAACACUGUGAUUACAGGAGGAUGUCGGGUUGAACCAAAAACGAUGACUACGAACACCCCCUCUGACAUUCUUCUGUCUGAAGAAAAAUCUUCUGAUUCUGAUGGUGGUUGGGGUGAUGACGAUGAUGAUUCUGAAGAUGAAGCCGACAGUAUUGAUCAUUCAACUGAUGACAAGAACAAAGUCACAAGUGCCGCUAAGCCUCCAACCAAGGAAACUGCUGACGAUUGGGAGAAUUGGGAGUGAAUCUCACAGUGUGGCACUUUCGCACUUCACUCAUCAUCAUCAUCCAUUGAUCCCUGCGCCUUUUUCCUAUUUUCAGAUUAUUACUAUUAUUAUCACUACUACUACUACUACUAUUACGAAAUAAAAUACAAGUUUACAGUUUCUUUUCUUCUCAAAUAUAACCAAUAUAUAUGUGUGUGUGGGAGUGAAAUUCAAAUUUUAAUUAUGCAAUAAGUAAUCAUAGUUUUUAUGCAUGGUUUGUGGUCCGAGGUGGGGGGGGGGGGCGGUUGACUGACUGACGUUCAUUCAUUCAUUCAUUUUGUGUAACGCUCUCUCUCUUCUGUCAUAUUUUGUUGUCUGUCACAGCCUUGAGAAUAAAAAAAUACCAUUUUUCCAACCAAUUUAUUCUCCUGUUUCUUUACCACAUUGAUCAUUAUCUUCAUAAGUAUUGGUAUAUAUAUAUAUAUAUAUAUAUAUAUAU